AUGAAACUAUUACUUUUGAUUAGCUGGAACUUUCUGGGCUCUCGAUUAAUUUGCAGAAAUGUCAAAGUGUUGGGAAUUAACGUGUCUGAGGAGGUGGUGGAGUCUCGAGCUAGGGAGAUAGGUUGUGAAAUGGGCCAGUGGCCGAUUCAGUAUUUGGGUCUCCCUCUGGGAGCUUCCCCUCGUUCCAAAAGGUUUUGGGAACCUGUGGUUUCGAAGUGUGCUAAAUGUUUGGAUGGUUGGAAGAGUGAUUUUCUGUCACGAGGUGGUAGAUUGGCUCUUAUUCAGUUCCGGAUCCCUAAGAAUGUGGCAGGGAUUAUUGAGAAGUUGAUGCGAGAUUUUCUGUGGGAGGGUGCGGACUGGUCGGGGCCGGACCAUUUGGUUUCUUGGCUAGAAGUUUGUAAUUCGCGAGGCCACGGGGGUUUGGGUAUUGGGAAUCUUGUGAAGAGAAAUAAGGCUUUUCUUAUGAAAUGGUUAUGGCGGUUUCCUUUAGAAGAUUAUCUUAAGGUUUUCUUUGUAAUAGGUAGCAAUUAUGCACUUGCUGGAACUUGUUCUAAUUUAUUUUCUGUGUUUAAAUAG